AUGGUUCAUGAUCCUGUCCACAAGCUUUACAACACAGCACUAUUAGACCUCCACCACCCGGUCGAGCCAAGCCCAGAAUCUGGUCUCGAAUUCCUGGCCGCUGUGACCGACGCACCCCCCGGUGCAGACUUCACACACGAGUGGUUGAAUCCGCCGAACACAAAGGUGGGAAACAACGCGUUCUGGUUCCUGGUGAAAUUGGCACAAUGCUUGAACAGACGCCAACAGCGCGAUCUUGCCAGAACCGUUAUCGACUUUGGUGUUUCGAGAUUUCCGGCUUACUUUCGUGCCGGCAAGCCGGAAACUUUCGGUUCUGCGCAGAGGGAAACGUUGCAGCAGAAGGGCUUUGGGGCGUAUGGGGCGGGCGCUCGAAAAGAUAAGCAGGCGACAAAGUUAGCACUGGAACGACGUGGAGCACUCCUAGCAGCUCUGGAUGAUAUGCAAACUUCGAAGCGUUCGCCCGCACAAUCAACAGCCAAGCAACGUCGAUAG